UUGUCUCCAAUUUGCGCGGUUUCCUAACACAUCGCCUCAGCAACAUCACACCGAGCGAUACAGGUUGUUCACUGGCAUACCAACAACUCGCACACCUUCAAUAGCAACAACAACAACAACUCUAACUGCAACAACAACACGAAAUCAUGUAAAAGCACAAAAACAAUAACAAGUGCAGGAAACUCAGUUAACCACAAAGCAACGAGAAAAGUAAAACCACAUUAAAAGCUGCCGGCCAAAUCCUUUAAACUGGAACUGAAACUGAAUUUGGAAUUGGAACUGGAACUGCCACUGAGACAGGCAAUUUGUGUACACCGGAACCAGAAACGCUGACGUGUGUCAAACAAUCGGAGAGCAAUAUCCGAAACAAAGAUCAUGAAAACGAUCAGCUAGAAAACAUUUUGAGAAGAUCAAUUCUAAAAUUAGUAAAUAUCACAACAAGAGAGAGAGAGAGAGAGAGAGAGAGAGAGAGAGAGAGAGCAAAGAACUUUUAGUACAAAGCAAAAGAAAAGAAAAAACAAACCAAAAUGGCCUCAUUUCAAAUACCUUUAAUUAACCUCGAGAUGCGCGAGGUCAAGGAGAUCGUUUGGGAGAAGAUUCAAGAGCCGGUGAAUCAGCGUCGUCUGAUCCUGGUCAUCGUGUCGAUAGCCCUGCUGCUGGACAACAUGCUGUAUAUGGUGAUAGUGCCCAUUAUACCGGACUAUCUGCGCGAAAUAGGCAGCUUCGAUGACGGCCCAACGCCACCGCCACUGCGAGAUAAUAUCACGGGCAAGAUCAUACCCGUGCAUCACGAUCAUCACGGACAGGACUCGGCAACGGGCAUACUGUUCGCCUCCAAGGCCAUUGUGCAAUUGAUGGUGAAUCCAUUCUCUGGCGGACUUAUCGAUAAGAUUGGUUACGACAUACCCAUGAUGAUUGGCCUGACAAUUAUGUUCUUCUCGACGGCUGUGUUCGCCUGCGGCAGCAGUUACAGUGUUCUGUUCUUUGCACGCUCCCUGCAGGGAGCAGGAUCGGCAUUUGCCGAUACAGCCGGAUUGGCCAUGAUUGCGGAUCGCUUCACGGAGGAGAAUGAACGUUCUCAGGCGCUGGGCAUUGCAUUGGCGUUUAUCAGUUUUGGGUGCUUGGUGGCGCCACCGUUUGGCGGAGCUUUGUAUCAAUUUGCCGGCAAGGAGGUUCCAUUCUUAAUUCUGGCUCUGGUCUGCCUAGUCGAUGGCUUGAUGCUGUUGCUGGUGAUGAAGCCGUUCAAGGAGCAAAUCAAGCAGAGCAAAGAGGUCCAGGAUCAAGUAAUUCCGAUUUGGCGCCUCCUCAUGGAUCCCUAUAUAGCGGUAUGUGCUGGUGCACUGACCAUGUCCAAUGUGGCUCUGGCCUUCCUCGAGCCCACCAUAUCGCUGUGGAUGGAGGACACAAUGACCACAGAUAACUGGAAAAUCGGCAUGGUCUGGCUCCCAGCAUUCUUUCCCCAUGUCCUGGGCGUGGUCAUCACAGUAAAAAUGGCUAGAAAGUAUCCGCAGCAUCAAUGGCUGAUGGCAGCCGGAGGAUUGGCUCUAGAGGGCUUUUCCUGCUUCAUCAUUCCGUUCUGCAGCGGCUACAAGAUGCUUAUGCUGCCCAUUUGUGUCAUCUGCUUUGGCAUCGCCCUCAUCGACACUGCCCUGCUGCCAACUCUGGGCUAUCUGGUGGAUGUCCGCUAUGUCUCUGUCUAUGGCAGCAUUUAUGCCAUCGCGGACAUUUCGUAUUCCAUAGCGUAUGCCGUGGGACCCAUCAUUGCCGGCGGUGUGGUGGAGGCCAUUGGAUUCACUGCCCUCAACUUUCUAAUUGCCUUCUCCAACCUGGCCUACGUGCCUGUGCUUCGCAAGCUGCGCAAUAUCUACGACUUCAAGCCGUUCGAGAACGAGGCCAACAUCCUGAUGCAGGAUCCACCCAAUAAGGAGUAUCAAACGUAUGUCAUGCACGAUCAGAAGCCAGUCGAAGGCGGCGUCAAAAACCAUCUAGAGUAUGGUCAGCAGUAUCAGCAGGAGCAGGAGACGAGUCUGAAUGACCAGCAGUACGACUAUCAGCAGUCCGGUGGCUAUCAACAGGAUCAAAACUAUCAGCCUGGUUAUCAGGAGCAGGGCGGUAGCUAUCAACAGCCACAGCAGGGACAACAGCGAGUGGCUAAUCCCUUCCAACAACAGCAGCAGCAGCAACAACAGCCGCCAAGCAGAGGUCCUGCUGCCCCAGCCAAUCCAUUUAGACAAGGAUUUUAAACUGUUGUCUUACAAAAAAGAAAAAUUAGCAUUAAUGAAAUUACCUUUUCCGUUAGCCAGUUUAUCGUUUUCGUUAUAGAUUCACACGAUUCUUUGUUGAAGCAAUUACUACAUAUAUAUAUAAACCUAUAAUUAUUAUACUAUAUACAUAUAAAUGAUAUAGGCAAGUGGUACGUACACUAUAACAAGCAUGACAUGCAGUUACAUAGUUAAAGCAAACAGAAGUAAUGCCUUGCACUGCACUUCUCCCGCCCAAUUUUGUAUUAUACACACAAGUUGAACUACGCGAAAAGCGAAUACCAUAUGACAUAUAUAUGUAAAUAUAUAUAUACAUAACUCUAUGUGGAGUUGUUCCGAUCUAUCUCGGAACUCUCUAUGCCCUAUACUCAGUAAUCAAGCAGCCGUUUUCGUGUCUAUCAGAGAAGCUAGAGAAACCAAAGAGAGUUAGUCAUAUAUAGAUAGUUAGGUCAGAUCAGCGGAUGAGAGCAGCUCUCUGCCAUAUCACAUAAAUAUCAGAUAUACAUACAUACAUAUAUACAAAGUUAGUUAUAAGCGGAUGGGCUGACCAUGCAACCCUUGGCAUCAAAUGUCGCCGUUCCACAUGCAAUGGCAUCAAUAUCGCAGACAUAUCAAAACGAUGCACAACAAUUAGAAACUCUUUCGGGUGCCAUUGUGGCGGGUUUGAUGGAUCUGAGGCGACCACCUGGUCAGCUGGUCUAUAUGAUUUCACUUUCGCGAAAACCACUGAAAUUUAUAUAAUUUUUAUUUUGAUUUUUCUAACAUAAGACACAACCAAGGUAACGAUACAUAUCAGAGUCUCAAUGGCUCGCCUGUUUAAAUUACCAAAAGUGAUAUUACUUAUUGCUAUUAGUCUAUAUAUCUAUAUGUAUACACU